ACUGCUCGGCUCUCUGUGUGCAACAGCAGCUCAGCUCAGGCAGCAGACGGCGGCCCGCGCCUCCGGUCCCUUCUACCGUUUUCCUCCGUUAAUUCCUAUUCCCCCGCUUCUCUUGUUUUUGAUCACUCCCUUUUUUUUUUUAUUCCUGUAGCCGGCUCGGAGUCGGAGACAUGUCUGCCAGACCAGGGUUUUACCGGCAGGAGCUGAACAAGACUGUGUGGGAGGUUCCGGAGCGGUACCAGAACCUGACGCCGGUGGGCUCCGGUGCCUACGGCUCGGUGUGUUCGGCGUAUGACGUCGUCCUGCGGCAGAAGGUUGCGGUGAAGAAACUGUCCCGGCCCUUUCAGUCUCUGAUCCACAGCCGCCGCUCGUACCGGGAACUCAGGCUGCUCAAGCACAUGAAACAUGAGAAUGUAAUCGGGCUACUGGAUGUCUUCACACCUGCUGCAACAUUAGAGGACUUCAAUGAACUCUACCUGGUGACUAACCUGAUGGGCGCAGACCUCAAUAACAUUGUGAAAUUUCAGAGGUUGUCAGACGAGCACGUGCAGUUCUUAAUUUACCAGCUUCUCCGCGGCCUCAAGUACAUCCAUUCAGCCGGAUUGAUCCACAGAGACCUCAAGCCAAGUAAUGUCGCAGUGAAUGAGGACUGCGAGCUGAGGAUCCUUGACUUUGGAUUGGCCAGACAAACAGAUGACGAGAUGACAGGGUAUGUGGCGACUCGCUGGUAUCGGGCGCCGGAGAUCAUGCUGAACUGGAUGCACUACAAUCAGAAUGUUGAUAUUUGGUCAGUGGGAUGCAUUAUGGGAGAGCUGCUGAAGGGAAAAGUCCUCUUUCCUGGAACUGACUACAUCGACCAGCUGAAGAGAAUCAUGGAGGUGGUUGGGACUCCGUCACCAGAGCUGUUAAAGAAGAUCUGCUCUGAACAUGCACAGAAGUACAUCCAGUCUCUGCCCUACAUGCCCCAGCAGGACCUGGAGAAGAUCUUUAGAGGAGCAAAUCCACUAGCUGUCGAUCUACUGAAGCGUAUGAUGGUUCUGGACUGUGAUGGGAGGAUCUCGGCCAGCGAGGCUCUGUCCCACCCUUACUUCUCGCAGUACCACGAUCCAGACGACGAGCCAGAGGCCCCGCCUUACGACCAAACAAUUGAGAGUAAAGACCGAACUCUAGAAGAAUGGAAAGAGUUGGUAUUCGAAGAGGUGAACAGCAUCAGAGCAUCUGGCAGCAAGACUGAUAGCCUCCAGGUGGAGCAGUAAGCCUCUCUCUGCUCUGCCUCCACCUCCACCUCCACCUCCACCCUUAACCCUGAAGAAGGACCACACACUCAAUGACUGGGAGAAAGACUGUGGCAAGCCAACCGAUGAAAAAAAAAAACAUUUCCUCUGCUCAGCGUGACUGUGUUUGAUUCCCUGUCAUGAGUUUAUGUGGGCAGCAGGGCAGCAGGACGGACGGUCUCCACGGGAUCAGAUGCACAUGUUGCAAUUACAGGGAGCGAUUUUAGAAUUCGAUAGAAGGAGCUUUCCAGUCCAGAAAGUUGCUUCCUCCUAUGUUUCCACUCAGCGAGGUCAGAAUGAGGAACCAUUCGACGUGGCUGCGUCAUACGAGGGAGCAACUUUAUGGAGCUGAACUGCGUUUACAGACUAACAGAAACGUAUCGAAGGAAGAAAAAAAAAACGCACACUAGGAUUUCCAAAGCAACGUCAGAGUGCCGUCUGCUCCCUCAUCAUGACAAAUGCCAUAAGCAGUCAGUGCUUUCAUAUAUGGAAUUCAUGUUUAAAGGCUUGCAGCGAUGCCACCCUUGUCAUGUCACAGAACAGCUUAGCGUUUAGCCUGCAUACUACUGCAUGAUUUUUGUGCAUUUUAUUAUUACAGAAUAUGAUAUUGUAGUAUAUAACCAUUGAGACUGCUUAUUGCAUCUGCCACAUACUGCUGUAAGAGCACCCUGAGGGUCAGAGAGAGGCAUCACCAGGAAAUGUGACCAACUUUUAACCUGCUUUAUCUUUAUAAUUUCCGUGCAGUAAAUAUAUAUAAUAAUACAAAAGCAAACAAAAA